CAGGAUUGAUACGUUGGAUCGUACUCACAGGAUCAUGUAUAGCAAAAGUGACUUGCGUCCAAGUAGUGCCAGCGCACAUUCUAAUCAUGCAUCUGCUUCAUAUAUUCGACUUGGCACUCAACAGCCAGAAACUGCUGAUGAUGUCAAGGCAAAGGAGCGAAACAAGUACUUGCCAGUGCAUCUACAAGAGGUUAGAGAUGAACAUGGUCGAAAAAGACUUCAUGGUGCAUUCACUGGUGGCCACUCGGCAGGAUAUUACAACACUGUCGGAUCCAAAGAAGGAUGGCAGCCAUCACAGUUUAUCUCUUCUCGAUCUAAACGAGCCGAAAAGGCCCAGAUUACCCCAGAGAGCUUUAUGGACGAAGAAGACAUGGCCGAGUUUGGAGUAAAAUCGGUUGUUGCGAUGGAUACAUACGAUGCAUCUGGCGCUGUAGAUCGAGAUCGGCGGCGCAAUAUCGUAGCUAAAUCAUUAGCUGAUCAAGAUGGUUAUGGUGCAAUCGGGCCUACAGUCGAACGUAUCAUUCAAGAUCUAAUAUUACCUGCUGAAUCUUCGAUUGGGGACAAACUAAUGAGACAAAUGGGAUGGCGUGAAGGACAAGGCAUUGGACCUCGUCGAAAGCGCAAGAUUAUAGAUGAGCACGGUGAAGAUCUUUAUGCAGAGAAAUAUUUGUUUGCACCAAAGGAUACUACAAUCAAGUAUGCAAAAGCCAAAAAAAAUGUGUUUGGAAUUGGAUUUAAUCCCUAUGCGCAAGCUCAGGAGUUUCUACAUUCAAAGAAUCUCAAAGACUCAGCAUCUAUUGAUGGACAAGUCGCCAAAGGAUUUGGAGUGGGAAUUUUUGAAGAUGACGAUGACAUUAGCGCAUAUGAUGAACCGUCAAAACCUCUUGCUAUGACACUCAUUGAUGAUGAUGAGCCAACACAAUCUGGAUCUUUUGAGUCGACUAAACCUAUAAAGUUGCAGACUGUAUACGGACAAUCUAGAUUAAAACAUAGCCAACACAUUUCAUCCAGAUCGUCAUUAGAAUUAAAUACCAAGCAUUAUAAUGUUCUUGGAUUCCAUGCUGCCCGGGUUCCUUUGGUUGCACAUAAAGCGUUUGUGCCACCUAAACCACCGCAUGGUUACAUUCCAAAAAACCCUUUUGCCGAUCAAUUAGCUUUAUUACAGCCCAGUGGUAGUUCCGGAAAGCAUGCUAAUUUAACUGCAGAUCAAAGAGGCCAUAUACUAGGCGAGGAGAAUUUGAAAGGCCCUGAACGAUCUGUAUUCUCAUACAUAUCGGUCAAAGAGCAGGAUCGGCUUCAAGGCAUAAUUGAUCAGACUUCAAAAUCAAAAGCCGACUCUGCCAAGCCUGAAAAGGUAGAGUUAUUGAAUAUUCCCAAAGACGUUGCGUUGGCAGCAUUGAAAGGAUUCAUGCCUUUUGGCAAUGAUCUUCCCAAGCAAAAUCGAUAUCGUCAUUUUUUACAAGUCAAGGCAGGGCUGGAGUCUGCGUCAACCUUGUUUUCUAAUACUAUAUCCGAGUUAUCACAUGAAUUAUUAGAGUUUUCAAAAGCCGCCAUGAUAUAUCGGCCAUUAUCAUCGAUGAUGGCAUCCCGUUUCACAAGCGCUGUUGAUCAGACUGGUGUAGGGCAUCACACUGGCAAAGAAGAUAUAAAGGCAGAUCAACCCAUUUCCAAGGUUGUUUAUGGCAUCAAAACACGAACAAUGCAAGAAUGGCGACCAGAACGAUUGUUAUGCAAACGAUUUAAUGUUCCUAUGCCGCUUUAUAACUCUAAACAUGAUGUUGAAAAAGUUCAAAAUACCUCACAUAGAGUAUUGAGUGACUCACUGAUGCGUGAUCUUCGUGAGGUGGCCAGUGACCAUAAUACGAGUAAAAUGAUUGGUACCUCUUCUACAGGAUCUGUCAGCACUGUCGCUGUUGAGAACAGCCCAACGCAACUUACAACUACUGCUGAGGCUUCAAACUUGGAAAUAGAUGAUUUAGAGGUAGCUGAGCGGCCUUCGAUGGAUAUAUUCAAGGCGAUUUUUGCUGAUUCUGAUGAAGAAAGUAAUUCUGACGAGGAUGACAAAAAAACUGAUAUUAUAUUGGCCAGUACUGUACGUAGUUCUACAUCUUUGAACCCUAUUCAAUCCACUGUCCCAAUAGACUUGUUUAAGCCAGUUUUUCGAAGCAAGAAACAACGCACUUUGGCGAGCAAUUCAGAUUUUUUGCCAAGUACUCCAGCAGCCACAUCAAAAAGUCGCCCAAAAAAAUUACCUUUUACAGAUAUUUAUAUGCACGACUUGGAUGAGAAAUCAGUUGAUUCCAGCGACAUUCAAAAAAAUGGGACUUUAUUGCGUGCAGACAUGGAUUCUCAAAAACCUAUACAGACUAAUUUCCAAGCUUCUGUCAGCGCUCCUGUAGUUGAGCAUUCUCAAUGUGAUUUAAGCUUGUCAUCUCUAGAGCCUUCAUCAUUGGUACACGAAUCUCUGCCUAAGCCAGUCUCUUUGGCAAUCGCACCCACUUUUUCUACAGCUGUUAAUACCGAGACAUCUGCUAAUUUAAUUCAAAAUUGUAUGGCAGCAUGCUUGGACCAAGAAUCUGACUCGAGUUCAGACAAUCAAGACGUGUAUGGUCCAAUGCCUCCUCCUAAAAGUACUGAAUCCUGUACAUCUGAAAUGGCUCGCAUUGAACAAGACGGUGAUUGGUCCAUGUCUGCCAGUUCAAAGACACGAUCUGUUCAUAAAAAGUCAUCGCAUAAAGAUAAGUCGAAAAGGAAAAAGCACAAAAAAGACAAGGAUACCAAGUCACAUCGUAGCAGCAACAAAAGGAAAGUUCAGGAUACGAGCAGUGAGCAAGAGUAUGAGCGUGAUGGCCAAGAUUGUUUGCCACCAAACAGCCAACAUUGUAGCGAUACUGUUUUGAAAAACACUAAGCAAGCUUUUUCAGAUAGACCAUCUGCUGAAGACUUUAUGUAGUAAUAAAAUCUGACUGCAUUGUGGAUUAUACUGAA